UGCGACCACGAUUUCCAUAUUGAUAGCUUCAUUCCCCCCAAGACCAGCUCCAGAAACUACCUCCUCCACAUCUCACGCCCGAAUCCCAACAAAUAACUCUUGCCAGUCGGCCUCAAAUUCCCAAUAUGGCGCCCAAUAUGUCGCUUUUCUCCGUCAAUGCCAUUCUAAUCCUCAACGCCGAAGAUGGUUCUCGGGUGUUCACUAAAUACUACUCUCCACCCCACCACAACUCCUCAUGUAUGCACUACCUAUACCAAUUCCUAUAUCGUCACUGACACAGUCCCAGCACCAGCAGCACCAUAUCCAGAUCAAAAAUCGCAAAAAUCAUUCGAAAAAGGCCUUCUCGAGAAGACACAAAAGCAAACCGCAGAUAUCAUUCUCUACGACAAUCGCAUUGUAUUAUACAAGAGUGAGAGCGAUGUUAUGAUGUAUGUGGUUGGAGGAGUAGACGAGAAUGAAAUUAUGCUUUAUAAUGUUAUUUUGGCCUUGAGAGAUUCUUUGCAUUUAUUAUUCAAGUAUGUAUUUCCCCUCAAGAGACCUGGGCGCAUUCCUUCGUCUCUUACCGUUUCCAGAGCUGUAAAGGAAUCCGAAACUAAUAUUUAACAGGCAAUCAGUAGAUAAACGGACUAUAAUCGAAAACUACGAUCUUCUUUCCUUAGCAGUUGACGAGAUGGUCGAUGACGGUAUUAUCCUCGAAACAGACCCCACGAUUAUCGUACAAAGAGUUAGCAAAGCCCCUACACAAGAUGUAGCGCAAUUGAAGGGUAUUGAUCUGAGUGAACAAGGUAUGAACAAUUUGGCACAAUUUGGAAAGGCGAAGUUAGGGGAUUGGUUGAGGCAGGGUUUGUAAAGGGUAUGGAGAGCAAAGAUCAUGUCACUGUGGAUGGGCGAUGUUAUAUCUGGUUGGCAGCCAUAAAAGGAGUUUAGAUGUACUGGAGUUGGGGCAUAUUAUAUUCACAGGCAUAGGAAUAUUGAAAUCAUAUUGGGACGCAACUUGUUCUAUGGUAUUGUAUCUAGAUGUAUUG